ACGGUCUCUCCGCCUCCUCCUUCUCCCGGUGGUUCAGUCAGUCAAAUUGAUUCCGAUCAGAUUUCUCCUGUUAAGAACCGUAUAAGUGGACAACUGGGAUAUCAUGGGCAUCAAAUUCUUGGAGGUGAUAAAGCCAUUCUGUGCAGUACUGCCAGAGAUCCAAAAACCUGAAAGAAAGAUCCAGUUCAGAGAAAAGGUGUUAUGGACUGCCAUUACCCUCUUCAUUUUCCUGGUUUGUUGCCAGAUUCCCCUUUUUGGCAUAAUGUCCUCAGACUCCGCAGAUCCUUUCUACUGGAUGAGAGUCAUUCUGGCGUCAAACAGAGGUACAUUGAUGGAGCUGGGUAUCUCACCUAUUGUCACCUCAGGCCUGAUAAUGCAGCUGCUUGCUGGAGCAAAGAUCAUUGAAGUUGGAGACACCCCAAAGGACAGAGCCCUCUUUAAUGGAGCUCAGAAAUUAUUUGGGAUGAUCAUCACCAUUGGCCAGGCCAUUGUGUACGUGAUGACCGGCAUGUAUGGUGAUCCAUCAGAGAUGGGUGCAGGGAUCUGUCUGCUCAUCAUCAUUCAGCUGUUUGUAGCGGGGUUGAUUGUGCUCCUACUGGAUGAGUUGCUCCAAAAGGGCUAUGGUCUUGGUUCAGGAAUCUCGCUGUUCAUUGCCACCAACAUUUGUGAGACCAUUGUCUGGAAGGCAUUUAGCCCCACCACUGUGAACACUGGAAGAGGCACAGAGUUUGAGGGAGCAAUCAUCGCUCUUUUCCAUCUGCUUGCUACAAGGACAGACAAAGUGCGUGCUUUAAGAGAGGCCUUCUACAGACAGAACCUUCCCAACCUCAUGAACCUUAUCGCCACUGUGUUUGUCUUUGCUGUAGUUAUAUACUUUCAGGGAUUCAGGGUAGAUCUGCCCAUCAAGUCUGCUCGCUAUCGUGGCCAGUACAAUACCUACCCCAUCAAGCUGUUUUACACCUCCAACAUUCCCAUCAUCCUGCAGUCUGCCUUGGUCUCUAACUUGUACGUUAUCUCCCAGAUGCUUUCCACGCGUUUCAGUGGCAAUUUCCUGGUUAAUCUGCUCGGAACGUGGUCUGACGCAACAUCUGGAGGCCCAGCCCGUGCCUAUCCUGUUGGAGGUCUCUGUUACUACCUCUCGCCCCCUGAGUCAUUUGGCAAUGUCCUAGAUGACCCAGUCCAUGCAGUCAUCUACAUUUUCUUCAUGCUUGGCUCAUGUGCUUUUUUCUCCAAAACCUGGAUUGAAGUGUCAGGCUCUUCUGCAAAAGAUGUGGCAAAGCAGCUGAAAGAGCAGCAGAUGGUGAUGAGGGGACACAGAGAAACCUCAAUGGUUCAUGAACUGAACAGGUACAUUCCAACUGCAGCUGCCUUCGGUGGACUGUGUAUCGGUGCUUUAUCGGUGAUGGCGGACUUCCUUGGAGCCAUUGGUUCUGGGACUGGAAUCCUGCUGGCUGUCACCAUCAUCUACCAGUACUUUGAAAUCUUUGUCAAAGAACAGAGUGAAGUAGGCACCACGGGUGCCCUGUUUUUCUAGAAAAGCCAUGAUCCUCCCACCCUCUACCAGCUUUUAUUACAGUCGCCAACCUUGCAUUUAUUUUCAUGAGAGGCCCCCCGCAUCAUCAGUUCUGCAGUUUCAAGACUUUUGAGGAAACUUCAGGAAUCUCAGCAGAAAUGGGAUGCUACUUACUGGUGGAAGUACAUGCUGUCUGACACAUCAUUUCCUCCUUCCACAUAUCUUCAUCUGAUUUUUACCAGAAUCAAGAUUAAAGCUCCCCAAGAUUCACUCAAGGGUUUCAUGUGGGAGUUUUUUUGUGUUUUCAGACUGAGUGAGCGCUUCAGUAUGCAGGCAUACUUGAUAAGAAUGAAGGCGAUGAACUGCCUGCUGUGUGCUUAGUCUUUCUUAGUCUAUCCUUAAACUUUCAACUUUAUUUUUCUGUUAACCUGCCAGGUAAAGAUAUGGACUAAAAUCUUAACUGCCAGAUGCUGAGUCAAGUACUGUAUAUGUUCCUUAUUUGAGACCCUGCGUUAGCGAUUGUGCAUGGGCAGGGUCCCAGAGGAAGAGGACUUGGAACUCACAUUGGGUUCCAUCCUCACCCAGUGAACGAAAAAAAAAGGGGGCUCUUGUUGUUUUAAUGUAUGGCAUUUCCAUGGAUUGGCAGUAUUCACCUUCACCUCACUUUCUAUGUUGUUACCCACACAUGUACAUCUUUUGUUUAUUGUUUUUAAUAAUUUGCUCUGCAAGUAAUCACUUUUUCAGAGAAAUUUUGAUUUCCUGUACAUAGGCCAUGCAUUUAAUAAUGUUGAAUGUCUUACAUGUAAGAUAAAGUCUUUGAAUAUGUAAAAAAUAAAUGCAUUUCCGAACAAACUUGUAUUAAAAAAAACAUUCUCGAUUAAAAAAAAAUACUUUUGUGACAAAAGA